ACCGCCCUAGAAAAAUAAGCACGACUCUAAGAACUUGACAGAAGACAACGCUGCAACAAUAAAUCCUCUUUCGCCAACAAGCGCGACAUAUGAGUCCCGUUUGGCGGGUUUCUGUUUCUUCUAAGUGAAAAAAACGGGGUGAGUCGCGCCCGGCGCGGGAAGGUAUUUGCGGAUGGCGGAUGAUGAGGAGCCGCCGCCACUAAGGCUGAUGAACUUCGUUUCCGAAGAUCAGUUGGAAGAAGCUCGAAGGACUCGGGGAGCUCGAGUAGACGAUGGUACUGCUCAGAGAGAUAGGUCACUUUACGAGAUUCUAAAGGAGAAUAAAGAUAAGAAAGAUGCUGAAUUCAAUGAACGCUUCAAGCAUAGACCACCAAAAGCUCUGGACGAAGAUGAGACUGAAUUUCUAGAAAAAUUAGAACUGUCGAGAAGAGAAUUCGAACGUCAAAUGGCUGACGAAGAAGAGAAACAGCUGCGUGGUUUUCAGGCAGCAGUGGCAUCACAAUCUGAAGUUGUACGUGAGCUAAAGGAGACACCUCCAGUUCCAAAAAGUCAGGAUAAAAAUUCAGUAGCAGGAAGGAAGAAUCGUGAAGGUCGUCCUUUAGGCAUGAUAAUCAAAGUGAAGAAAGCAAAAGUGGAAAAUGGAGAUUCGGGAGAAACACCAACAGGUGAUAGGAAGGAAGCUGGGGAAACCACCCAAAAAACAUAUAGCGAUAUGGAUGUGUCCAGGUGUGUGAGCAUCAGUGGUCUGGUUUCAUAUAGUGAUGAUGAAAGCGAGGAGGAUAAGUGAAUUUGUUUUCGUGAGUUUGUGGUGUUGGGAUAUAAGUAAGAUGAUGAGCAAUUGGGGUGAUGUUGGACCGAGUUAACACUCCACGUUGUUCGAUUUCCCUCAAAUUAAUAUAUGGGGGGGUUGGCGGGUUGUGAAAUUGUAAUUGUAUGCUCGGCUUUUCUGAGUUGGGGGUGGGAUGUUGUAGCUAGUCUUGCUCAGUAUUGGAAAUUGGAGACACUCUUUUAAUAAGAACAAUCACAUUGGUCA